AUGCAACUUCCAUUUAAGAUAUCCACCUCUGUCACCGCGCCGCCAGUGGGAUUCAUGAGCGUCACGCUCGUGGGAACAGGUGCUUCCUCCGGAAUUCCCAUCAUUGGUCAUAUUAACGCCGACUGUGCUUGUCAGGAUGCUAUUGAUCACCCUGAGGGCAAUCCCAACCAACGCUUGAACGUAAGCCUUCUCAUUACGGUACCUCACACCGCGAAGUCGAAACUGACCGCGACAGACGAAAAGAAUGCGAAAGCAAACACAACCUGUGGGGACCAAGAAGAAAAUGCAUCUAUUCACAACAAGUUUGGUGGUGAGUUCCUGAACCAAAUAGAUGGUGUUCCAGUCCGCUUCACGCUUAUUGAUUGUGGUAAGACCUUUCGCGAUGCCUAUUUUAAGGUACUCGCUCGACAUGGUAUGCAUGAAGUCGAUGCACUGUUGUUAACGCACGAUCAUGCAGACGCCAUCAUGGGACUGGACGACCUGCGCGAUCUCCAGAGGAUGCAUAUGGUGGAGGCGAAUUGGAUUGUCGAUACUUACAUUCCUACUUACCUUCAGUGCCAGACGAUGCAUAUCAUAGAGAAAAGUGUUGGGUAUAUAUUCCGGAACAGCCAGAUUGUGGGCCCUGCACCAAAAACUGCCUCAGAGCACAAGGCUCUGCUUCGGGAGCACGUGGAGCGGGAAAAGCAUACGAAAGGUGAAAAUGCGUGGAACGACAUUGGAAUUCGACGAGCCACCGCGCUUCAAUUCUUUACAGUUUCUGAGGAGACACCUGCUAGGCUAUACAUACCUGCAUUAAACACCAACGACGCCCCUGAAUUGGAGGAUGCCAAUAUUCCCAUGUACUCGUUGCCAGUCGAGCACGGCAAGAACUACAUUUCGCUGGGUUUUGUCUUUGGCCGCGGAACAGCCUUCAAAAGUCAAUUAGUAGGAGCCACAGGGGCAUCCACUGCCACUCCGGACGAGUUAACAGAAAAGAGCUGCGUGGUAUAUAUCUCGGAUGUCAGCAGCAUCCCAGAGGUGUCCAUGAAGUUCCUCCUUGACCUCGUGAAAAUUGACUUAUUGAUCAUCGAUUGCGUACACUGCCCUGGAAAAGUCUGUCAUGUACACAUUACGAUGGAUGAAAUGGCUGAGCUGGUGGUUCAGCUGAAGCCACGCUAUGCCAUCGCCGUUGGUAUGUACUGUGAUAUCAAGCAUGACGCUGGCAACGCCUGGCUCCAGGACGCAUUGGAGGGGUAUGUACGCGAUGGGCGGCUAAAGGCCGGUGAGGUGCUGGGGAUGUCGUUGGGUUAUGAUGGAAUGGAGCUAAUACUUCCGCAGUAG